ACGCUGGGCAAAAUUCAAUCAGUGCUGCCACGUGGAUCCGAGUCAUAACGGCCCGUGUUGCAUUAGCACGACUGCUGGCAGAAACACCUUCCCCAGUGCCUGGGUUGAAGAUAAGGGGGAUAAUAAUUCUGACUUUGGUCGACGGCUGUGAAGCGUCCUCGCCAGUCACGCAGAGGGAGGCAGGGAGGGAUGGUGUUUGCGCCCAUACACCAGUGUUGCUGUCCAUCGAAUUCAAGGUGUUUGAAAUUACCAGUGGCGGCAGUCUCAAAGGAGGAGGGGAGGAGAGUGUUGCGACGACGACGACCUCCGCAUGUACAUAUAUCCACAAACCCAUCUCACGUGAGCCCUACAGAGCUCAGAGAUCUUUUCAGCUGUUGCAACCUCUCGUGCCAUCGAUUCCCAAAUCUGGACGCCGACGGCCGCGUUGAACCCCUCGACCUUCAGAAGCUUCGCAUCGCUCUCUCCCACAGCACUGUUGUCGUCUCUGUUUUCUGCAAACCCCAAGGACUUAAACCUCCUCCUUCUUCUGAUUUUUUGGAUGCGCUGAGGGACACACUGAUGCCAGUCACACCAUUCAACGGCCAGCUGGUGGGCUUUGGGCGAGCCGUUUCCGAUAAUGGGUUGACUGCUUCCAUCUACGACGUCAUGGUUGACCCUUCAUUACGGAAAGUGGGAAUUGGCAGAAAAAUUGUUAGAAGAAUUAUAAGAAUGCUCACAAGUAAAGGAGUUUAUGACAUAGCAGCUCUUUGCUCAAAAGAAGAGAGGUUAUUCUUCGAAGCAUGUGGAUUUGGAGAUGACAUCAUAGGCAACUCCACAGCAAUGAUGUACAAAAGAGUAGCUUCAAGCUAUCCCGACGACAGUUCAGCUUGUUAAUGCAUUGGUGGAAGCUGUUUGUUCCAAGCUUGUUGCAGUAUCUUGCCUUGUUAAGGUCAAAAUAUCUGCAAUUCAUACACAAAUGGCGCAGAUAGUAGCAGGGAAUGGACGUUUCUCUAUUUAUAUUUUCCCUAGAGAGAGAGAGAGAAAAGAAAAACUGCAUGUAAAAUAAGACCUUGUGCAUGCAGUAGAUUCCACGUGACACUGGUCUUGGAUCCUUCACAUUCGCUUCAUGUACUUUGCCCAUCAAAACUGAUGGUGCACAAUCCCCUCUUAAAUCAGCAUCCUAUGUACUUGAACUCAGUGGAUUUUUUAGUAAUUUAUGUAUUCAGUGGAUUUUUUUGAAUCAGGUGUAAGUUUGUGGAGUGAGUUACAAUAUAUAAAAAAUGGUUUUUGCAUUGAGUUGAA